CCCCAAGUUCAGCAAGCUUCCGCUACCUCCGAGCCUAAGAAAUGGAUGGAUCGUCACAGUGCCCUCAGAGCUAACAGAUGAUGCCAACAAUGAAAUCAAUCUUUGUUUUCUUGGCAGCAAUAUCGUAUUUCCUCGAAGUCAAUCGGGGGUGUGCCCUGCUCCCGGAGCCUGAGAAAUGUGCUAUGCUCAAAAAAAUUCGUCUCUUUUUUAACCUGCGUUUUCUUACCCACAACUCGUUUCAUCUGACUUUCCAUAAAUUCAAUGGUAUUCCAUUGUUACAAGUACUCUCGUUUCUUCAUCGCUCUCUACUGUUUAGUUCCGGCUUCUUGCAUUGGUCAUGUCAAAUAUAUUAUGAGGAUAGUACUAGCUAGCCCCCGAUUGAUAUGUGCAGCCGUUUGCCAGGGAAUUUUAGUGCUCGG